CACUUCGCUGCACAACAUCUGAGGAACCUGACCAAGAACAUAGAUUCCGUCGACUGAAAACACGGAAACAAAAACAGCAACGGAGAAAGCGGCAGGACAACUGGUUGUAUGGCACCUCAGUCGUGCGUAAUGAAUCCUGCGCAGGGAUCACCACUCUCGGCUGCUCCGGGGGAGACCUCACCAGAGGACCGAGCCGCUGGUGGCAUGGGAACUGACGAGCUGGACCUGUCAUCUGUCAGAAGAUGUAAAACCAAAAGUUUAGAUCUGCCUUUCAGUGUGGAAUCUCUCAUAUCAGGCAGGACACCGGACAGAAGCCUCCACUCCCCCGGUCCUGGUUCAGGCUGCAUCCGGUCAGAGGAGACAGAGUGUGCGUCACCGAGGAGACUCUAUGGGUCCAAGCAAGAGGUGGUGGACCUCAGCGACAAGGAAACGAGCCCGUGGUGUCAGGCUUCUAACGCAUCCCCUCCAAGACUCCCCAGCCCGACCGGGUGCAAUCUACGGAAACACAAGAACAACAGGAAACCCAGAACACCCUUUACAACCUCUCAGCUGCUUUCUCUGGAGAGGAAGUUCCGUCAGAAACAGUACCUCUCCAUCGCGGAGAGAGCGGAGUUCUCCAACUCCCUCAGCCUCACAGAGACACAGGUCAAGAUCUGGUUUCAGAACCGCAGGGCCAAGGCCAAGAGACUGCAGGAGGCCGAGCUGGAGAAGUUCAAGCUGGCAGCGAAGCCGCUGUUGCCGGCUUUCGCCUUUCCCUUCCCACUGAGCGCACCCAUGGGCGCACCGUCCCUCUACGGGGCCCUGAACGGACCGCGGCCUGCCUUACCUGUCCCAGGACUAUUCAGUGGACCAUAUGGGAUGUACUACUUGUCCUAACCCUUACUAACUUUGAACUGCACCGAUGGGAUGGCUGCCUUUAUAAAAAUGCCUUCAUAACGAAAAGAACCAA